CAGUAUGUAUAUUAGAACACGUCAUUUUUUCGUUCUUACUAUUUAUGCGUUUCAAGUCAGCUGACACAUGAUGUUGAUAACUUGAUAUGAUGAUUAAAAUUUAUAGCAAAACAGCCCGGAACAUGAAGAAUUUCGAAAUGUAAAAUCAGUGGAAACUAUGGUGAAUGAAAUUACUACAGUCUACAAGGCCGAAAAACGAGCUUGUAAAUAUAGCAAAACGUGAAUUCCGGAAUGCGUGAAAAAAAUAAUAUUCGUUUGGUUAAAAAUGACAGUAAAAGGCGGAAAGAAAGGUUUCCCCAAAACCAAGCAAAAAAAACGGACGGUCCACAGCUCAUCAAUCAAUCAUCUUCCCGGACCGGAUCCAAUCCGUGAGGUGGUAUACAAACCCAUUCAAACCUUUCCCUCCGCAUCCAUCGGCCCGCUCCACCUUUUCCCCUUCCUUGCUCCCACUACAAAACCACGGUGGAAAACUCGAAAAAGUGGUAAAACGUAAAACAGAACUCGAUUAAAACAAAAUUUUACUCAGGUAAAAAAUAAUUAACCCUCCCCCCAGAAAAUUAACCUACUCCGAUCAACAGCCCGGCCAAACAGAAGGUCCAAGUUCUCGAACGCGCGGCAAAAAACAAAAAAACAAAAAAGGAAAAGCGCCCACGCGCCGGUGAGCCGGAGUCAAAACCAAAAAUAGGCGAGAAAAUGUCGUGGCAGACUUACGUCGACGAGCACCUGAUGUGCGAGAUCGAAGGCCAGCAGGGCCAGCACCUCGCCUCCGCCGCCAUCGUCGGCCACGACGGCAGCGUCUGGGCCCAGAGCUCCGCCUUCCCUCAGUUCAAGGGAUCGGAGGUAAGCGAAAUCAUGAAGGACUUCGACGAGCCGGGGCACCUCGCCCCGACGGGGCUCCACAUCGCCGGGAACAAGUACAUGGUCAUCCAGGGGGAGCCCGGCGCGGUGAUCCGCGGCAAGAAGGGCGCCGGCGGGAUCACAAUCAAGAAGACCGGCCAGGCCCUGGUGGUGGGGAUCUACGAGGAGCCGGUGACUCCGGGGCAGUGCAACAUGGUGGUCGAGAGGCUCGGCGAUUACCUCGUCGAUCAGGGUCUCUAGAUCCAGCGAUUUCCCCCUCUUCCGGCCAAACCCCCAUCACCCACACCGUAUUUGACCUAUGAAUUUCAAUUUCCUCUUUUUCUUAGUACUCCAUAAUAUAAUUUCUGAGCGGCACGACGAAAGUGCUGCUCUUUCUCGUUACCUUUUUCUUCUGUUUUCAAUUUUUUUUUUUUUCCUUUCUGGGUUAUUGGUUACAAGCUUGCAUUUUCUCCCUGUUGUGUGGGGAGAUCCAUGGUGCAGGGCUGUAACCAUUUGUAAGAACGAAAGUAGUCCAGGUCGACUAUGGCGAUCUGGAUGAUUGAAAGUUUUGGGAUGUUUUUUUCCUUUUUGAUUUUCUGAUCUCGGUUGUUUCUUGUUUAUUUGAUGAUCCUCUGUUUUCUUUGUCGAUUGAUAUCAAUACAACCACAAAUUAUGGCAUGAAGCUUUCGAAUUUCUCAGUUUAUUAAUCUGAUUCCAUAGAUAUGGUUUAACGAAUGAGUUGCGUGAGGAUGUUGGAUGAUUUGACUAACCUUUGAUAAAAUCUAUUUGUUGGUGAUGAGAUACUCGAAGUCCAGCGAUUUAUAACAUACAAAUUUAAUCCCACUCUAUUGAUAUGGUCUGGCGAAUUUAUUACGUGGAUAUGUUAAGCGACUUGAGUAGCAUGAUGAGGAGGGAUCAGAAUCUGAUUGUCAUCUUGUUUCGACUCUGGAUCUUUCUAUUAUAAUUUCAUCUUGUGUAUGCUCAUGUUCAGUUGUUACGACUUCUCUUAACUUUUACGUUAAUCAUGUCGUUCUCUCUUCUUCAUUAAGUAUCGCAUAGAGUUAAAUGAUCGUUGUAUUUUCUUAUUUUCACAUGUACAAAUGAGCGGGCAAACUCAUACCUCGAGCAAUAUUUUGAUGUGAGUAGUUGCUAGCUAGGAUAACAAAACCUAAAUACUUCACUUUUCAUUCAAGCAUAUCAAUUGCUAGCUUGAAUGCUGAUCAAAUAUGUUCUCAUGAUUAUUGUUAAUUACUGUUAUUUUCAUGGACGUUUAUGUCUAAAUCGUCUAUGCUAUUCCCUUAGAUUAUUAUUACUGGGGAAAAAGAUAAAGGAGAGAAAUUUGUGGAUAUGAAGCUUAUGCUUGGCAGGAAUCAAUAACCAACUCCAACCAGCCAGCCUUUAUUUGUCAAAGUGAUUGAUUAAGAAAUGCAAAUCCAUGAAAAGCUCUCCUUUUCCUUUAUUAAUUAGGCACCAAAGUUUCGAAAUUUUAGGCCACAGAUCAGGCACUUUCCAUAAAGCAAGAACUAUGAUUGGUAUAGUGCAUUACCAUUAUGCUUUGGAAGAUUGUUCUCCCAUUGAUUAUGUGAAUAUGAAAAUAAAUGUUUCCUUCCUCUAAUAUAUUGUAUGUUUUUUGCUUUACAUAUUGCCAUGUGAAUAAGUGUAUCUGUAAAAAAAAAUAUCUAUGGUUUAGUGCAUUUACAUGUGAAAUCUUGUCUUAAAUUAGUCUAGUUGAUAUAUCUUUUACCAAAAAAAAUUGAGAUUAAAAUAAUUUAGACGAAUAUGGAGCACCAUCUUAUUUGUUGGAGUCUUGGAGAAUAGAACAACGACAAAUCA